UCUCUACUCAUGCUAAUCAGAAGCAGCCCUCAGCUCCAUACCCCAAUGUACCUUUUCCUCUGCCAUUUGGCCUUUGUAGACAUUGGGUACUCCUCAUCAGUCACCCCUGUCAUGCUCAUGGGCUUCCUCAGGAAAAGAAUUUUGAUUCCUUUUUCUGGUUGUAUAGCCCAACUCUGUUUUGGGGCAACAUUUGGGACAGUUGAGUGCUUCCUGCUGGCUGCCAUGGCCUAUGAUCGUUAUGUGGCCAUCUGUUCACCCCUGCUCUACUCCAGCCACAUGUCCCCCAAGGUCUGCAUUCUCUUAGUGGGAGCUUCCUACCUGGGUGGCUGUGUAAACGCUUGGACAUUCACUGGGUGUUCAUUAAGUCUGCCUUUCUGUGGACCAAAUAAGGUCAAUCACUUUUUCUGUGACUAUUCACCACUUUUGAAGCUUUCUUGUUCUCAUGACUUUACUUCUGAAAUAGUUCCAGCUAUCUCUUCUGGUUCCAUCAUUGUAUUCACUGUGUUUGUCGUUGCUCUCUCUUACAUCUACAUCCUCUUCUCAAUACUGAAGAUGCGCUCUGCAGAGGGGCGGCAAAAAGCCUUCUCCACUUGCACCUCCCAUCUCACUGCAGUCACCCUUUUCUACGGGACCAUUACCUUCAUUUAUGUGAUGCCCAAGUCCAGCUACUCCAUGGACCAGAAUAAGGUGGUGUCUGUGUUCUACAUAGUGGUGAUCCCCAUGUUGAAUCCCCUCAUCUACAGCCUCAGGAACAAAGAGGCCAAAGAAGCCAUGAGAAAAUUAUUGUCUAGAGCUCAUUGGUGGGCCUAA